AUGCCUCCUCGAAGGCGACAACAAUUCACUCAAGAGAACAUCGACCAGCAGCUGCAGCAGAUUCACCUCCUCGACCAAGCGUCCUCUUCCGAGAAUCUCGAACAACUCGGCCCUAUUAUCAAACAGAUACACGCCAAUAGGCAGCAAGACGUGUACCUCCGCACCCUCCAGGCCCUCAUUGCCUCCAAGGACGCAGAGAUUGAGUCAAUAUGCGGCGACAACUACCAGGAAUUCAUCUCUUCCGUCUCCACCCUCUUCUCCAUCAAGUCCUACACCAUCAACCUCCGCGACAAGAUCACCACUCUUGAAUCAAGCGUCUCUCAGGUUGGGAAGAGUCUGGUGGAGAAGAAGAAGGCGCUGCUUCAAACCAAGAAGACUGCGGCCAACCUCGAUGAGGCCGUUGACGGCUUGCAGGCUUCGCUCCGCGUCCUCGACGUUGUGAACCGCGUUGGAGACAUGAUCAGGGAGGGGAAAUACUGGAGUGCGCUGCGGUCCCUGGAGGACAUUGAGAGUAUGCCUCCCACGUCGUUGUCUCAAACUCCCCUAUUCCAGUACCUUCUCUCCUCCUUGCCUUCAUUACGCGGCCAGAUUAAGGAUGCUGUCACGGCGUCCAUGAAGCAAUGGCUGCUCGACAUUCGAAACGUCUCGGCCCAGAUUGGCCAGCUUGCCCUGGAGGCAAUGGAACUGCGCACACGACGAUGGCGCAGUCGUCGGGAUAAGGACCCCAUGCUCAAAUCCAGUCGGGUCGGAAGUGCGGUCGAGACUAUCACCUAUGAGAAGACUGAAUACAACGUGCUAGACAACGAGCAGCUACAGGUGGACUUCAAACCCUUGUAUGAAUGUAUACACAUAUACAGUGCCCUUGACUCGCUGGACGAGAUCAGGAGGUCGUACCAGGCCGAUCGCAAAGCACAAUCGGACCUCAUCAUCCCCGAACCCCUCCCGCUUGCACAACUUCCGUCAAUAACAGAGCAAAUAGUCGGCUAUUUCAUCAUCGAGACCCACGUUCUGAACACUACGGGGAGCUUCCGCUCAGAACGCGAAGUCGAAGACUUGUGGGACGCUCUUAUUAGUCGGCUCAGCAACGCCGUCGAAUACGUUCUCCGGAAUGAGAAGGACCCAGACACGUAUCUCAAGGUCAAAGAAGCCCUAUUAGGCUUUGUGAUGACCCUCGAGUCGUAUUCGUACUCCACGGGUAGCAUACACGAACUCAUCCUCAAGUUGUUUGAGCAGUAUGUGUCUAUCCUGGAAACCAAGUUUGGUCAACGCUUCGAGAAUAUUGUGGUUCAAGACGACUUCCAGUCAAUGUAUGUCGAGAAGGAGAGCGAGAAGGAGAGUGUCAUGGACACCGUCUGGCUCACACGAGAACAGCGGGAUUCGCUUCAGCGGUCACCCGCUCCACUCAAUCUUCCGUGGUCCAAUGGCUUCUACCUGUGUUGCCAAGAUAUUCGCAGCUUCGUACAAAACUUCUACCAAUUCAUCGAAGGCGUGUCGCAACAUCACCGAAACAUUGACGACCUAUUGAGCAAGUCCCUCGAAGCCAUCCUCACCAACUCCAUCAGCGGCGCGAUCGCGAAGCGAGUCCAGAGCACCAACAACGUCUCCCAGAUCGCCCAAAUCAUCAGCAACCUUGAGCACUUCGAGAUCGCGUGCGCCGAGCUCGAGCGCUCGCUCACCAACAUCCGUUCCUCACAGCGCGGCGGCACGAUCCGCGUGCACGCCGCUGCGUCGUUCGUGGAUACACGGCAGCGCGCGAUCGCGCGCGUGACGGAGACGAUGAGCUCUAAGCUCGACGACUUCUUCGGGCUCGCGGAGUACGAAUGGACGCCGAAGACGCGCGAGGACGCGCCGAGCAUGUACCUCUACGAGCUCGUCAACUGGCUCACCACGGUCGUCGACUCCCUCGCGCUCAAAGAGGCGCACAAGGAGGAGGCGUACCGCGGCGCGGUCGGCUACAUCGCCAGCUGCUUCCUGGACUUCCUCACCGGGCGCGACAUCCCGAUGAUGAACGAGAACGCGCUCGCGAACCUGCUGCUGGACGCCGACUUUGUCGACGAGGAGCUCAAGCGCAACGGCCACUCACACGGCGCCGCCUUCGCCGAGCUUCGCAUGAUGAUCUCGAUCGUCAUGUCCGACGCCGUCUCCGCCUACCUCACCCCCCAGAUCCGGCAGACGUCCUACGCGGUCGUGAAGCCGAAGCACCUCCAGGCGACGCUCGAGAAGCUCGCCCGCUUCGGGCUCGAGUGCCGCGACGCCCCGUCUCGCGAGCGCGGCGACCGCCGCAAGAAGGAGGCCGAGGCCGUCGGCCGCAUAUUCCCCGGCGAGGGCCGCUGA